AUGGAGUACCCAAAGAAAAACGCCAACCAGCUCGAGGAAGCUGAUGAAAUGCUUUCGCAUGCCGCUUUCAGCAUCGAGAGGUUCAUUUGUUACCUUCGCAGCCAGCUCGGCACGGAAAACCCGCUGAUUCUGGACCUCGCCGAGUACAAGGAGACCAUCUUGCGCAUCCACAAGAUCUACAAGAAGGAGUCGUGUUUGAACAGCAACGGGGUGGGCUCGCCUUAUGCCAAGGGUUCGGCCUUGGUGGAGAUGCCAUCAGCCGAGAAAUUCAUGAGCUGUCGCACCAAGCAGACCCGAUGCGAGAAGAGCGGCCAGUCGAGUGUCCAGACGACCCUUGGUGGCAUUUCGACCCUGCCCAGCCAGACGCGCGGCGAAUUCAGCGGGCAGACCCGGGCUUCGGAUUACUCUUCUGGAAUCGAUUCCACGACCCUCCAUGGCUAUCAGACGGUCGGGUCGACGAUGAAGCGCGGCUGCCCGGAGGCUUGCCGUUGCAAGCCGUGCAACUGCCCGGCCCCGUGUGCUUGCGGCCAGGCGAAUUCCAAGGAGUUUGCACCUUCUUCGGCGGCCUCGGCUGCCGGCUGGCAGACCUGCGCCAACUCGGCCAACCAUGCCCACUUCAAGGGCCGCGGACAGCUCGACGGACUCGAUUCGAAUGACACGUUGUGCACCCAAGUCACCCGCCGCGCCGGCAUGGAGGCCACGACCACCGUGCUCACCCAAGUGACCCGCCGC